CCUCACCUUGUGCGCUUGUUGGUGUGUGAGCUUACCAUUCUUAGGGAACAGCUGAUUUUCUUCGCGUAUGCAAACAGAUCGCUGUUAAGCGACCCAGUCAAUCAUAUUUAUUUCCAUCGGUUUCCUUGGCUUAGUGGCACUUUAAGCUCACCGUAUUGUCCAACUCACCAACGCUUUUUUGAAGAUAUUGAGAAUUAUUCACGGAUCAGUUACUGUAGCACACGUAUGCAGAAAUGAUGCGAUAGUUUUCUACAUGAAACAGUCGCACACCGCCGCCGUAGCCAAGGCACUUCCAACGAGACUGUGAAAACAUGAAACGAGCCCUCCUGAACUUUCCGUCCAUUCCAUGCGACUUGCUGGACUCCAACAAGAAAGAGGAUUUUGUGCCGAUCCUCCAAGAAAGUAUUCCCGUCAACAUUGUACCUAACGGACGCACGCCGCCUAUCUACGUGAUAGGAGAAAAUGGCAAGACUACCACCAAAAUUAGCCCUCAUCCUCACAUACCACCGUCUAAGGGGCCCUUGAAAUCGAGACUGUCUUGCGACUUCAUGGACACGGGGAUUUUGCCGAACGCCUCUCCACUACCACCUCACGGGUCAUCGACAGUCAGUGGAAACAGCGGCCAUUAUGCCGGCGUUGAAGAGACCAGCGGUUGGAGUCGGUUUAAGCUACUUUUGUGGAAGAACUGGGUGGUCCAGAAGCGACACAAGAUCCAAACACUAGUUGAGAUUGCCUUACCCGUUUUCUUCGCCUCAUUGCUGGUCAUCAUUCGUGAUUUGGCUCCGGCCGAUGUCUUCCAAAAUGCUACCGUCUACCCGGCCUACCGUCUGAGUCAGAAUCUACCAGAUAUACCAUCAGGCUCGAUUGCCAACAUGCCGUUGCCGACUGUUGGAUCGAAGAUAAACUUGGACAACAUAUCUGCUUUGGAAACACUGAGUUCCCCUUCGUCAAUCAUGAUGUCGACUUUCAGCUUCGAUCCGUCAUUGAACUUUGAUCCGUUUGGCUUGCUACCACCACGCAAAUGGCCCGUCGCUUGGGCGCCCAACAACACAGUCGUUCGCAACGUUAUGGAAAGACUGGCCAGGCGAUCCAAUCUGCGCGUCAGUAAUUACGGAUUCGCUACAGAAGAAGAAAUGGAAGCCUUUAUCAUGAAAAACUAUAAUGCUGGUUUGGGAGUCAAAUCUUCUGUUGAUUUCCUUGGAGGAAUAGUGUUCACCAAUUCUUUCCCCAAGGAUGAUACUUUCCCUAAAGACAUCCAGUUCAAAAUUCGAAUGAAAGGCUCUCCACGAGUAAUGAACAACGACCGCAGCCCGUGGUCACCAGUUGAAACUUGGAUGACCGACUACCAGUUCCCGAUUUUUCAAUUACCUGGACCUAGAUUCAAAAAUCGUACUGAAGGAGGCAAUCCCGGUUACUACAAAGAGGGCUUCCUGACGUUGCAAGAUGGUGUCAGUCGUGUCCUCAUUGAAAUGCUUUCCGGUAAAAGUACCAAUGACAUUGACAUUGAAAUGAGGCGAUUCCCUUAUCCAACUUACGCCGAUGACAAGUUUCUGGUGGCCCUUCAAGGAUGGCUUCCACUAAUCAUUAUGCUCAGCUUCAUUUAUCCGGCACUUAAUAUUGUCAAGAGUAUUGUCCAUGAAAAGGAAAGACGGCUCAAGGAAUCGAUGAAAAUGAUGGGGCUUCCCAACUGGUUGCAUUGGACAGCCUGGUUUGUCAAAUCUUUAGCCUUUAUCCUCAUUACCAUCAUUCUGAUUACUGCCCUGUUAAAGGCUCGCUGGUAUGGAGGGUCAACACUCGCAGUCCUGGAGAAAUCGGACGGAACCCUGUUCUUCUUUUUCCUGCUCGUCUUCGCCAUCACAAGCAUUUCGUUUUGCUUCCUUAUGACCGUCUUCUUCUCUAAAGCAAAUUCGGCCGCAACUGGAGCCGGUAUCAUCUGGUUCGUCACAUACUCUCCCUUCUUCUUCCUGCAAUUGCGCUACGCCACACUGACUCGUACCGACAAAUUGAUUUCCUGUCUGUUUUCGAACACGGCAAUGGCCUUCGCCUCACAACUCAUGUCCAUGUUCGAAGGCUCUAGCGAAGGCAUCCAAUGGCAGAAUAUAAACAGAGGCGUUUCGCCUGACGACGACUUCACGUUCGGUGAUGUCCUCGUCAUGCUCGCCAUCGACGCGGUUAUCUAUCUUCUUUUGGCGCUAUACAUAGAAGCCGUGUUUCCCGGUGAAUUUGGUGUCCCUCAACCUUGGUACUUCCCAUUCACGCGGGAUUAUUGGUGCGGUAGUUCCGUAGCCGCUCAGGAUAUUACACUUACCGGUGCUGAGCGAACGGCCCGUAACGCCGAGUACAUUGAAGAGGAACCGAUCGGACUUCGUGCUGGCAUCCAAAUCAAAGGACUCGCAAAAGAAUAUCAUAAAGGAAAAUUGGCUGUCAAUAACAUUCACCUAAAUAUGUAUGAAAGCCAAAUCACUGCUCUUCUCGGUCACAAUGGCGCCGGCAAAUCUACGACAAUGUCGAUGCUGACGGGCCUUUUCCCGCCCACCACAGGAACGGCUCUCGUCAACGGCUUUGACAUUCGCAAAGACAUUCAAAGCGUUCGAGGCAGCCUUGGCUUGUGUCCGCAACAUGACAUCCUCUUUGACGAACUGACGGUCGAAGAACAUUUGGACUUUUUCUGUAAACUGAAAGGCUAUCCGUCUCACCUAGUCAGGGCCGAGACUGAUCGCAUGGUGAAAGCUUUGCAAUUAGAAAACAAACGCCGGGCCAUGUCCUCUACCCUUUCUGGUGGCAUGAAACGGAAGCUUUCCGUUGGCAUUGCCCUUUGCGGCGAAUCCAAGGUUGUCAUGUUAGAUGAGCCGACUUCCGGUAUGGACCCAUCCGCACGUCGGUCAACGUGGGAUCUAUUACAAUCGGAAAAGGUAGGCAGGACCAUCCUGCUUACUACUCAUUUUAUGGAAGAAGCUGACCUGUUGGGAGAUCGGAUAGCUAUCAUGGCUAGCGGACAGAUCCAAUGUUGUGGUUCAUCCUUGUUUCUCAAGAAGAAAUAUGGUGCCGGUUACCAUUUGGUGAUUGUCAAAGAAAGCUGCUGCGAAGUCCAACGCAUCACGGAACUUAUCCGUAAAUCUAUUCCCGAAGUCUCCAUCAAUCAGAACGUCGGCGCGGAAUUGACCUACCUACUACCCAGCGACAAGUCACAUCUAUUCCAGCAAAUAUUCGAAGAGUUAGAACAAAACCGGCGAGCUUUAGGCAUCUCCAGCUAUGGCGCUUCUGUCACCACCAUGGAAGAGGUAUUCAUCCGUGUGGGUGAAAUCAACGCUGGACACCAUGAAAUCGAAAGACAAAAUACCAAUCGCGAAGAUACGUUAGUCAACCUCAACUCGGCCUCGUCGACACAAAGUCUACUGCAAGAGGGUGCCAACGGCGAUCUUCGUAACAAGGGCUUCAAUUUGUUCUUGCAGCAAUUUAGAGCCAUGCUAAAUAAGAAAUUGCUGUACACCGUUCGAAAUUGGCUACUUUUCACGGCGCAGCUUUUGAUACCCGUGGCCUUCCUUGCCAUUAGUUUGGUUGUGGUACAAACAGUUCCAGGCGUCACCAACUCCAAGUCCCUGUCCAUCCGCUUAGAGAACUACUUGUCGACCAAUACCCUGGUAGAGUUGGCCACGCCUGAUAAUAUCCUCGCUCGUAACUUGACGGAAAUUUACGCCGACCAGUUUGAUACCUCGGGCCACAAUAAAUACGAGCGUGUUGAUCUGCUUAACCAGAGCAUGCUAGAGUAUUAUACGGAGCGAGCAAGCAAUGACCUACCGGGCGUCAAUCUCCAUUUGUUGACGGGCGUGACCUUCCGCACACUCCCGACACGCAGGAGACAAACGGAGAAAGUGUUGGCCACCGCCUGGUUUAAUAAUCAGCCGUACCACGUGCCGCCACUUACUCUCAAUCUCAUACACAAUGCCUUACUAGUUCAUCGCACCGGCGAUUCCGAGUACCGUUUGACUGUUACUAAUCAUCCGCUUCCGUUCGACGACUUCAGCAAACUUAACAACGACGCUUCCAGCAGUUCACUUGGUUUCCAGGUUGGAUUCAACAUUUCCUUUGGAAUGGCAUUCCUCGCCGCCAGCUUCGUCAUUUUUCUAGUGAAGGAACGUGUAACGAAAGCAAAACACCUCCAAUUCGUGUCCGGCGUUCAUUUUGUGACUUUUUGGCUGGCCAACAUGACUUGGGAUUUCAUCAACUUCUUGGUGCCUUGCGCCGGCAUCCUCAUCACCUUUUUAUGCUUCAACGAAGAUGGUUUCAUCUCGUUCGAACAGCAAGGUCGCUUCGUAUUGGUUUUCGUCCUCUAUGGAUGGGCCAUGCUUCCGUUGAUGUACCUCCUCUCUUUUCUGUUCUCAAUCCCGGCCACCGGAUUCACCCGCACCACCAUGUUCAACAUCUUUACUGGUAUGGCCACGCUAAUCACGGUAGUGAUCUUGCAAAUCCCGGAGUUGCAACUGGUUGAAGUUGCCGGUGUCUUAGAUUGGAUUUUCAUGACACUACCUAACUACAGCCUUGGCAUGGCAUUCAACAAUCUAUACACUAAUUCGCGGGCUGUUGAAUACUGCACACGGCCAAUCGUUGUCUUCGCUUGCAAAACCGGUCUCCGACCUAAUCCUUGCUGCAAAAAUACUGGAAAUUGCGGCUCGUCGGCUUGCAUACAAUACAACGAGGAUCCUCUAGGCUGGGAAGGCCUGGGAAUAGGACGCAUGAUAACUUUCCUUGCAGUGGAUGGUCUCCUAUUUGUAGUUGUCCUAAUACUGAUCGAACUCCGCUUGUGGCAGAGAUUUUGCGAUUUCUGUUGCACGCUCUAUCCGGCUCCUAGCGAUGAACUUGGCUUAGCCAAUCCCGAGCAUGGAGUAGUUGUUCCUGCCGAAGACGAUGAUGUGGCACGAGAGCGUGAGCUGAUUCAAAGCAAACCUGUUACCGUUUUGCAGAAGGAAAACAAUCUUGUUAUCAAGGAUUUGGUCAAAUUUUAUGACCAAGGAUUUCGAGCAGUGGAUCGUUUAUGCUUGGGUGUUCGACGAGGCGAAUGCUUUGGAUUGCUUGGCAUUAACGGCGCCGGAAAAACAACUACCUUCAAAAUGUUGACGGGUGACAUAGGUGUAUCGAACGGUGAUGCCUAUCUUGAUGGAUUCAGCGUUUGCAAGAACAUGAAAGCGGUUCAGCGCCGUUUAGGUUACUGUCCUCAAUUCGAUGCCACUAUUGACGAAAUGACUGGCAGAGAAACGCUACGGAUGUUUGCCAACCUAAGAGGUGUCCCCGAGCGCAGUAUUGACGCUGUAAUUGAAGAUCUAACUGACAAACUUCUUCUUCGUGAACAUAUUGAUAAACAAGUCAAAGAAUUGAGCGGUGGCAACAAACGCAAAUUGAGUACUGCCGUUGCUCUCAUUGGCGACCCGCCAAUUGUUUUCUUAGACGAGCCUACCACUGGCAUGGAUCCAGUAGCGAGAAGACAGCUGUGGGACACGAUUGCCCGGGUCCGAGACAGCGGACAAGCCAUCGUUUUGACGUCACACAGUAUGGAAGAAUGUGAAGCCUUGUGCACUAGGAUCGCUAUUAUGGUGAAUGGCCAGUUCAAGUGUCUCGGUUCUUCUCAACAUUUGAAGAGCAAAUUUGGCCAGGGCUAUACGCUCAUUGCAAAGGUGCGCGCGUCACCUGAAACCACGCUUCCCAACGGUGCCUCUUCAACACAUUCAUCGAUAGACCAAGAAGAUUCCAGUCGAGGAGGAGGAGGAUCUAUUCGUUUUCGAUCUGGGAGCGCAAAGACGAUCAACAGUAAUAUCGUUUCUGCCCAAAAUCCUUUACGGGCUAUACCUGAUAUGGGACCCAUCAUGGAUUUCAUUCAGACUAGUUUUCCUGGUGCCCAACUUAAAGAUUAUCACCAAGGGCUGGUACAUUAUCAUUUACCCGAAGCAGGCCAGUCUUGGGCUCGUAUUUUCGGUCUGAUGGAGAGCGCCAAAAAUAAAUAUCAAAUUGAGGAUUACUCUGUCGGCCAAACCACUCUUGAACAAGUCUUUUUAAAUUUUGCUAAAAGUCAAGUGGGGGAGGACGUGAAUGGUCGCGGUCGAACCCAUAUGAACGUCAUUAACAACCUUAUACAUAGCUUUUGCUCCUGCUCGAAGAUGUGUUCGUGGGAGUGUGCUGUUGAUUUUGACUGAAUGGUGAAUCAGGCGCUUCGAUGUACUCGUCCACUGUGCUACUGCUGUUCUAUGCGAUGCUGAUGUAGAUCGAGAAAGUGUGCGUCGUCUCUUUUUCCACCUAAGUGCAAGGAUUUGAAUCUGGGUAUGACCGAACUGUACGUGUGUUUACUAAAGCGCGAAUGUAGCUGUCUGAGUUUUUGUGCCAAGAAAUAUUUUGCGCAAUAUGGACCUUGCUUUCAUCUAAUGUCCUUGACAGUCGGAGGCAAGUCGAGCGCAUCACUUCUGUACUACGACAAUCAAGAAAGGUUGUUAAGGCUUUGUUUACCUUCGCAUAGCCGUGUAUGGAUUAGUUCAGGACGGUGCAGUUCAAUUUAUUUCUUGUGCGGUAUGCAAGUUUUUGCCUCCUCGUGGAUUUCUCCGAGGAAAUCGAACCACUCUUCAGCGUACAUAAUUGAUUCUACGUGUGUGCAUGUGUUUGGUAUGCGUCACACACAUCUGGGAAGCAGUCCUAAAGCAAUUUCCGUCUUAAUUUAGUGAAAUAGUGUUUGUGAGAGAAGUAAAAAAUAACAGAUGAUGUGCCCGACUGCUCACAAACUUUAACCUGCAUUCGUUUGCAAGUUAUUUAUACCUAAAUUAUUUUUUAACUUAUUUGAAAGUAAGACGGGACGUUAGCUGCAGGAAGUAAAUUAACCAGCUCACUCCUAACUGUACAUCAUCACUCUAAAAAGGUCGUUUAUAUCUGGCAUAUGUAUUUGUUUUAUGCUUUCCUUUACCUAUUUUUCUAAGUUGACUUCCAAUGUAUUCUUAGCGCAUUUGAUGUCUAAACAAAUGAGUGUGACACCAUGGAAUAUUUUUUACAAUUAUUAUUUAAGGGGAAUUGACGAACGUGUAAUACAAUGUACGUUGUGACAAUCUGUUUGCUCAAA